CUCUUCCAUCUUCAUUGGCUUUUUAUCUACCUUGCUAAUGCAUCUCACUUUCAUCAGCAUUGUUGAAAGAAGAAAAAAUGCCAGUCCUGUCUCCUGAAAUCAAAUUUGAUACAUCUAAUGUCACCAGAAAUUCCCUUGACAGUUGUUUUCUUUUUGAGAAUAGUUGGAGGAAAGCAGUUUUAGAAACACAAAGGAUGAAGAAGGAAUACACCACAAUAUUUGGUCUAGAAGAGCUCAAAGAAUGUGUCAAAAUGCCAUAUUUACCAGGACUGCAGAGUUGCCCAAAAAGUGUAAGUUCAACUCCACUGGGCGUUCAAUCAAGACGGCUGCAUGCUGAGACCGAGAUGCCUCCAGUCAGGAUAAGGAAGACUAAGGAGGCAUGCACUGUGGUACCACUUCAGGAAAAACCAAAGAGUACUGGCUUCAGCGAUCCUCUUGCUGGAGCACCAUCUCAAUACUUGCAGAGACUUUCCAAAAUGGCCAUAUUGCAGUAUGAUACCAUUCGUCAAGAAACUACUAGAAAAUCCAAAAAGGGCAAGAAACGAGACCUACGAGACUGCUGAUAAAUACUACAUCGUUCAGUGCUUUCUACACUGAUAUCCAAGGUUUAUAUAUUUUUUCCUUUCUUUUUCUUUUUUCAUAUGUCAUAUGAUGUACAAUGAUUUACAUAAAAGUGGAAAUAUAAAUAGGAAAUAAAUAUUCUAUGUAAUA